AAAAGCGUUACUCCACAGUUUCCGGCCCAAACCAGACCACGAGGGGGAGGAGCGCGAGAGGCCCGGAGAGACGCCAGAGAGGAUCCGGGAUCUCGCCGGCGGCGGGGCGCGAUGCCGGUGGCGGGCGUGGGGGGAGGAGGAGGAGGACGCGGAGGGGGAGGUAGGAUGGUGCUGGGAGGGUGCGGCGGCGCGGGAGCGGCCGUGGUGGAGGACGCGGUGGUGAUGGAGCUGGCGGCGGCGGAAGGGGAGGACAGCGUCGUCACCGUCAACUGCCCCGACCAGGCCGGGCUCGGCUGCGACCUCUGCCGCACCAUCCUCGAGUUCGGCCUCCGCAUCACCCGCGGCGACGUGUCAACGGACGGGCAAUGGUGCUACGUGAUUUUCUGGGUGGUGCCACGCUCGCCUUCGAUCAACGUCCGGUGGGGAAGCCUCAAGAAUAGGCUCAUGUCAAUGUGCCCUUCGUCAUAUGCAAUCCCUUUCUAUCCUGAAAUCACCCAGCCAGCUCCCCCGCAGUUCUACCUCCUCAAGCUCUUCUCGACCGACCGGAAGGGGUUGUUGCAUGAUGUCACACAUAUACUAUCAGAGCUAGAGCUUAUAAUCCAUAGAGUGAAGGUGUCGACCACGCCUGAUGGAAGAGUUGUGAACCUCUUCUUUAUCACUGACGGCAUGGAACUGUUGCACACGAAGGAAAGGCAAGAAGAGACUUGCUCCAUGCUCAUUGCUACCUUAGGCCCCUCCCUAAGCUGUGAAAUCCUAUUGGCAGAAGGAUUCCAGCAAGGAUUCUCUUCUCUUCCACCGACAAUUUCUGAAGAACUGUUCAGGUUGGAACUAGAUGACUGCGAGAGCAGUUCAAGGUCUCUUUGUGCAGAGAUGAAAAAGAUGCAGAAGGCCAGCAUCAACUUUGACAAUGCACUGAGUCCUGCGCACACGCUGCUCCAAAUCAUUUGUGUUGAUCAGAAGGGUCUCCUUUAUGAUAUGUUGAGAACACUAAAGGACUGCAGCAUUAAGGUCACUUAUGGGCGGUUCUGGUCAAACAAGAAGGGUUUUCGUGAGGUGGAUCUUUUUAUCAAGCAAGCAGAUGGCAAAAAGGUUAUCGAUCCUGAAAAACAGGAGGUUCUGAGGUCCCGCAUGAGGUCAGAGAUGCUCCAUCCUCUCAGGGUGAUGAUUGUCAACCGUGGACCUGACACAGAACUCCUUGUUGCCAACCCUGUUGAACUAUCUGGGAAAGGGCGGCCACGUGUAUUUUAUGAUGCUACUUUGGCUCUGAAAGCACUUGGGAUCUGCAUUUUCUCUGCUGAAAUCGGGAGACAGACAGCAUCAGAGCGGCAAUGGGAGGUCUACCGAUUCCUCCUGGAUGACAGCAAAGAAUUCCCCUUAGCAAACAGCCUUACUAAUAGGAAUAAUAUUGUCGAUAGGGUAAGGAAAACACUGAUGGGCUGUUACAACUGAAGACUCCAUUUCUCUCUCCAUGAAUCAAAAGCUUAAGAGCGACUGCUACAGUACGCACACAGUGUAUCGGCUUAAUUACCUACUGAAAGCUAAAGCUCAAAGAUGAUUGGCUGCAGUUGGUAUCCCCAUGUAUCCAGUUAAUUUACCUACCCAAAGCUCAAAUUACCGCUACUGGUCCCACUCAGUGGUAAAUUUGCUGGCCAAACUGGUCUCGGUAGUUACCCGGUAUCUCACAUUUGCCAGCUUGGACAGUGUUCUGGGCGUGUGACCAAUUUCUCAACAUCAGUGGUGGUGGAAAAUUGCAAAAGGUUUCCUCUAUGUUGCAGAAAUUUCAGCCCUGGCAAUAUAUGAUAUUAAUGAAGGAGCACGGGAGAUGUUGUUUGGAUGUCCCAUAAAAAAAUCAUGCUCCCUGGAGCUGCAUCCUCUGAGCAGUGUUGUAAAUGGUUACCGGGAAUCAAGAUAUGAAAGCUAGCGUCUUCAUACACUGUCCUGCUACCAAGAAGGAAAGCAAGAAAGGAGAGAAAAAGAACAUGUUUGGUAGGAAGGUACAAUCAUUGUGCUUUGUUUGGGCCAGGGGAUUACUGGAUGCUGACACAGAUACUACAUCAGUUUGUUGUAGAUUAAUGCAGAAUGUGCCAUCAGCCUCACCUGCCUUUGCCUUCUUGUAUUAUUGCUGCUUUGUCAAGAGAUUAGGCCUGUCUCGUGAUGUAGGGUUUAGUACUAACUUGUCACCAGACAUGUUGUUGUAUUUUAUAUACAGAAAACAAGGCACUUCGUGUACAAAUUUGUGAAUGAACAAAAGCAUGUUGUACUUAUUGCUACCUUGUCUCUGCACUGGACAGUGUAGUACAGUACUUUGAAUGGGACCAAACACCUGCAUAAUUUGCUUGGUCUUCA